AUGAAAUUCAAUAUUAUAUUAUCAGCACUUUUAGUGUUGUUAGUAUUCAAUCUUGUCAGUGGUAAUGAAAAUGGAUAUGGUGGAUGUAGUUGUGCUGAAGAUUGUAAUGAUAAGAAUUCUUGUACUACUGAUGCUUGUGUAAAUGGAAAAUGUGUAAAUACCCAAAUCGCCUGUGAUGAUUCUGCUCAAAUUCGUACCCCUGGCUGCACUCAUACCCCAAUCAGUUGUGAUGAUAAUAACCCAUGUACCGCUGAUAGCUGUGAUUGUUUGAAGGGAUGUAUACAUACUCCAAUGAACUGUGAUGAUCACAACUCAUGUACACUAGAUCAAUGUACUCCAACCGGAUGUACCCACACACCAAUCGCCUGUGAUGAUUGUAACAGUUGUACAGUAGAUUCAUGUGAUUGUGAUAAGGGCUGCGUUCACAAACCAAUGAAUUGUGAUGACAAUAACCAAUGUACCUAUGACAGCUGCUCAAAUUCUACUGGCUGCACUCAUACCCCAAUCAGUUGUGAUGAUAAUAACCCAUGUACCGCUGAUAGCUGUGAUUGUUUGAAGGGAUGUAUUCAUACUCCAAUGAACUGUGACGACCAUAAUCAAUGUACUUUGGAUAAAUGCUCCCCAACCGGAUGUACCCACACACAAAUCACUUGUGAUGAUGGAAACUCGUGUACCUUGGACAGCUGCGACUGUGAUAAGGGCUGCAUUCACAAGCCAAUUGCGUGCGAUGAUAACAAUGCAUGUACCUUGGAUACCUGUUCAAACUCCACUGGAAAAUGUGACCAUACACAGAUCUGUUGUGACGACCAUAAUCAAUGUACUGAUGAUUUUUGUGACUCUGUUAAGGGCUGUAUGCAUACAUCUGUCAUUUGUGAAGAUGCCAAUCAAUGUACACUAGAUUAUUGUGAUAAGGACAAGGGCUGCCAACACGUUCCAAUGAAGUGCGACGAUCAUAACAGCUGCACCAUAGAUUCCUGCAACUGCGACAAGGGCUGCCAACAUGUUCCAAUGAAUUGCGACGACCAUAACAUCUGUACCAUCGAUACCUGUUCCAAUUCUACCGGCUGCGUUCACACCCCAAUGAAAUGCGACGACGGAAACGCCUGUACUGAAGACAGCUGCGACUGUGUUAAGGGCUGCGUUCACAAGCCAAUUGCAUGUGAUGACCACAACGUCUGCACAGUCGAUAGCUGUUCAAAUUCUACUGGUUGUUGUCAUACCCCUAUCAGUUGUGAUGAUAAUAACGCCUGUACAGUAGAUAGCUGUUCCAAUUCUACUGGCUGCAUUCACGAGCGUAUCAAGUGUCCAAACAUGGGUCCAUGUUUCGAUAAUAUUUGUGAUGCCGCUGUUGGAUGUUACCACCGUCAGCGUCUCUGUGAUGACAACAACAAAUGUACAGUAGAUAGCUGUUCCAAUUCUACUGGUCAAUGUACCUACACACCAAUCACUUGUGACGAUGGAAACUCGUGUACACUAGACAGCUGUGAUUUAUUGAGAGGUUGUAUACACACACCCAUUACAUGUGAUGAUUGUAACAGUUGUACAGUUGAUUCUUGUGACUGCGAUAAGGGCUGCGUUCACAAACCAAUUGCAUGCGAUGACCAUAACCAAUGUACCUAUGACAGCUGCUCAAAUUCUACUGGUUGUACUCAUACCCCAAUCAGCUGUAAUGACAAUAACGCCUGUACAGUAGAUUCGUGUGAUUGCGAUCGUGGCUGCCAACACAUCUCCAAGACAUGUGAUGAUAACAACAAAUGUACCACUGACAGCUGUUCAGUAACCACCGGUGACUGUAUCCAUACUCCUUUGAUUUGUGACGAUGGAAACUGCUGUACCGUUGAUAGCUGUGAUUGUUUGAAGGGAUGUAUUCAUACUCCUAUCAACUGUGAUGAUCACAACGCAUGUACCGUAGAUUCUUGCUCCGCCAAUGGUUGCACUCACUCGCCUGUCAAUUGUGAUGACGGAAACCCUAACACCACAGACACCUGUGAUUGUACAAGAGGUUGUAUCCACACACCAUGUGCUUAA